AUUUUAUCUCUGACCACCUGGUUAUCUUCAGAGGUCGUGACCACUCAAGAUUUGUGUCCCACAGAGGUCCUGUGUGUGGGGAGGGUGGCUCUCGUGACCACCUUGGAAAGCUGGUGAAGCUGCAACACCUCUUGAAGAAGAGCUUUUUGGGGGGAGUGACUUCCUGGAACAUGAGGCCCCUGGGCUUCUUCGAUCCGGCAGGCUUCUCCAAGGUGGGUGACAAGGAGAACUUCCAGAACCUCCGAGCGGCGGAGAUCAAACAUGGGCGCGUGGCCAUGAUGGCGGCGCUCGGAGCGGUCCCCGCAGGCAUUGGUGCGGUGACCACCCCGCCUGGAACCUACGGUUUUGCGGCGCUCCUUUUGCUCUCGGGUGCCAUGGAGCUGGCCGUGUGGACUCAGGACCCGAACAAGGAGGCGGGUGACUUCGGCGAUCCUUUGGGCCUUGGCCAGUACAACGAGGAGUUCCGCAACAAGGAGCUGAACAACGGCCGCUUUGCCAUGUUCGCAGCGCUCGGCAUUAUCUCAGCCGACCUGCUGACUGGCAAGGCCAUCUAUUGUCGCCAGGUGCCACUUGGCGCUUCACGGAGUGUUCCGGCGGUUUCACCCAUGCUCAGCUGAGCUGCCGAAGCUUCAGACUAUUGAAGUACAUCCUAUGACAUGGUCGCGUCAUGGAUGCCAC